UGGCUUCCCGGCAGGAGUGUGAAGCAAUGAUGGUGGAGGAUGAGAAGGCUGGAGUAGGGAGGCUGGACCCCACUAACUACCAGAGGCGGAGCCAGGAUCAGGAAGACUGCCGAUCCAUCCACGUGGGGCUCUCCGUCCCCCCUUACCCGCAAAGGAAGAGAGACCCCAAGGCGUGUCUUUCUGGCUUGCCGAAGGUGCACUGGGGCCCACACCCUGACAAGCUGACGCAGGAACUGCUGGGCGCAGGGAGCAGCGGGGUCGGCGGCGGGGAGCACGUCAGCAGGACCCGGUCUCCAGCUGCUGAGCAGCUCCAGGACAUCCUGGGGGAGGAAGAUGAGGCUCCCAACCCCACCCUGUUCACAGAGAUGGACACUCUGCAGCAUGAUGGAGACCAGAUGGAAUGGAAGGAGUCAGCCAGGUGGAUAAAGUUUGAAGAAAAGGUAGAAGAAGGUGGCGAACGCUGGAGCAAGCCCCAUGUGUCCACACUGUCCCUGCACAGCCUCUUCGAGCUCCGGACCUGCCUGCAGACGGGGACGGUACUCCUGGACUUGGACAGCGGCUCCUUACCACAGAUCAUAGAUGAUGUCAUUGAGAAGCAGAUCGAGGAUGGUCUCUUGCGGCCGGAGCUCCGGGAGAGGGUCAGCUACGUGCUCCUGCGGAAGCACCGCCACCAGACCAAGAAGCCCAUCCACCGCUCCUUGGUUGACAUUGGGAAGUCCGUCUCCACCACCAAUCGCAGCCCGGCCCGCAGCCCCACGGCCGGCCCCAGCCUGCACCACUCCACCGAGGACCUGCGGAUGCGGCAGAGCGCCACCUAUGGACGGCUGUGUCACGCCCAGAGCAGAAGCAUGAACGACAUUUCUCACACGCCAAACACAGACCAGCGGAAAAACAAGUUCAUGAAGAAGAUCCCCAAGGACUCGGAAGCGUCCAACGUGCUGGUGGGCGAGGUGGACUUUCUGGACCAGCCCUUCAUCGCCUUUGUGCGCCUGGUCCAGUCGGCCAUGCUGGGAGGGGUGACUGAGGUGCCUGUCCCCACCAGAUUUCUCUUCAUACUUCUGGGCCCUUCCGGGAGAGCCAAAUCCUACAACGAGAUUGGCCGCGCCAUAGCCACCCUCAUGGUAGAUGAUCUCUUCAGUGACGUGGCAUAUAAAGCCCGGAACCGGGAGGAUCUGAUCGCAGGAAUCGAUGAGUUUCUAGAUGAGGUCAUCGUCCUUCCCCCUGGAGAAUGGGACCCCAAUAUCCGAAUUGAGCCCCCCAAGAAGGUCCCCUCUGCAGACAAGAGGAAGUCCGUGUUCUCGGUGGCCGAGCUGGGCCAGAUGAACGGCUCGGCGGGCGGCGCGGCGGCGGCGGGCGGCGGCGGCGGCGCCGGGGCCGGCGGCGGGAGCGGCGGGGACGACGGCGAGAUGCCCGCGGUGCACGAGCUGGGGGAGGAGCUGCUCUGGACAGGAAGGUUCUUCGGUGGCCUGUGUUUGGACGUCAAAAGAAAGCUGCCUUGGUUCCCAAGUGACUUCUACGAUGGCUUCCACAUUCAGUCCAUCUCUGCCAUCCUAUUCAUCUACCUCGGCUGUAUCACCAAUGCAAUCACCUUUGGUGGGCUUCUGGGGGAUGCCACUGACAAUUAUCAGGGAGUGAUGGAGAGCUUCCUGGGCACUGCCAUGGCUGGAUCCCUGUUCUGCCUCUUCUCGGGACAGCCUCUCAUCAUCCUCAGCAGCACGGGGCCCAUCCUCAUCUUUGAAAAGCUUCUCUUCGACUUCAGCAAAGGCAACGGCCUGGACUACAUGGAGUUUCGCCUCUGGAUCGGCCUGCACUCAGCCCUCCAGUGCCUUAUCCUGGUGGCCACGGACGCCAGCUUCAUCAUCAAGUACAUCACCCGCUUCACCGAGGAGGGCUUCUCCACCCUCAUCAGCUUCAUUUUCAUCUACGAUGCCAUCAAGAAGAUGAUCGGUGCCUUCAAGUACUACCCCAUCAACAUGGACUUCAAACCGGACUCCAUCACCACCUACAAGUGCGAAUGUGUCGCCCCUGACACAGUGAAUACGACGGCGCUCAACACUUCGGUCCUGCCCGCGCCCAGCACCAACGCUUCUCUGUACAACCCCCUUAACCUCACAGCUCUGGACUGGUCUCUGCUGAGCAAGAAGGAGUGUCUGAAGUACGGCGGGCGGCUGCUCGGGAACUCCUGCCAGUUUGUCCCAGACCUGGCCCUCCUGUCCUUCAUCCUGUUCUUCGGGACAUACUCUAUGACCCUGACCUUGAAGAAGUUCAAAUUCAGCCGGUAUUUCCCAACCAAGGUCCGGGCCCUGGUAGCUGACUUCUCCAUCAUCUUUUCCAUCCUGAUGUUCUGUGGAAUUGAUGCAUGUUUCGGUCUAGAAACUCCCAAGCUUCAUGUGCCCAGUGUCAUCAAGCCCACACGGCCUGACCGAGGCUGGUUUGUGGCCCCCUUCGGGAAGAAUCCAUGGUGGGUGUACCUGGCCAGCAUCCUGCCCGCGCUGCUGGUGACCAUCCUGAUCUUCAUGGACCAGCAGAUCACGGCCGUCAUAGUCAACCGGAAGGAGAACAAGCUGAGGAAGGCUGCUGGCUACCAUCUGGACCUGUUCUGGGUGGGCAUCCUCAUGGCGCUGUGCUCCUUCAUGGGGCUCCCCUGGUACGUGGCCGCCACCGUCAUCUCUAUUGCCCACAUCGACAGCCUCAAGAUGGAGACAGAGACCAGCGCCCCUGGGGAGCAGCCCCAGUUCCUGGGGGUCAGGGAACAGAGGGUGACGGGCACCAUUGUCUUCAUCCUGACGGGGAUCUCCGUCUUCCUGGCUCCCAUCCUAAAGUACAUCCCCCUGCCCGUGCUGUACGGAGUCUUCCUCUACAUGGGCGUGGCCUCCCUGAAUGGCAUCCAGUUCUGGGAGCGCUGCAAGCUCUUCCUGAUGCCCGCCAAGCACCAGCCGGACCACGCCUUCCUGCGCCACGUGCCCCUGCGCCGCAUCCACCUGUUCACGCUGGUGCAGAUCCUCUGCCUGGCCGUGCUCUGGAUCCUCAAGUCCACGAUGGCGGCCAUCAUCUUCCCGGUCAUGAUUCUGGGGCUCAUCAUCGUCCGGAGGCUUCUGGAUCUCGUCUUUUCCCAGCACGACCUAGCCUGGAUUGACAACAUCCUCCCGGAGAAGGAGAAAAAGGAGACGGACAAGAAGAAGAAGAGAAGGAGAGGGGUGCAUGAGGACAGUGAUGAGGAGCCCCAGUUCCCUCCUCCCUCAGUUAUAAAGAUUCCCAUGGAAAGUGUCCCAUCAGACCCCAAAAACGGUAUCCACUGCAUUACCAGACAAAGAUCUUCAAGUUGGAGUUACUCGCUCUGACUCUUCCUUCAGUGACUCAGAACUCAAUCGAAGCAUCACUGUGCACUUCAAAUUUUCCUGUCCGGCUUCACGUGCUUUCGACUACCCGCAGAGCCCAGGGUGCCUGGUGCCACAGGUGAAGAUAGAGAUGGAACCCGACUGGGGCUGCGCAGACCCUGGCAGAUACGGAAGGGAAGUGGGUGGCGAGACCGCCCUCUAGAGGACGUGGCCGCCCCCCUCAGGCUUGGAGUGAGUGUGCGGCUCAGUCUCCACGCGAGCGUCCAGCCAGACCCUCCCCUCCGGAUUUGCUUCCUCACUGGUGGAACAGAGUCAUUCCACCCGGCAGAAAACCGGACCCGACAAUGAAAAGUACUGCUUCAGCGCAAAACUCUCCCCCUUCCUUUGUAGUGGCAAAAACAUUAAAGUGAACUAUUACACCUUAACUAAAAUUUAGUCCAUCAUCAGAGACAAAAACCUUUCUUCUGAAGCGAAAGAAAACAACAACAAACAAUCAUGCGUCUCCAAACCAGAGCAAAGAAACAAUAGUCUGUCGAGAGAGUCCAGAUUCCGCCCCACCUCCCACAGAGUUAGAUUUUACAGUACCUAGAUGGUCUUGAAAUAAUAUGAAAACAUUCAUAUUAUUUAUGUAAUAACAUUAUUUAUGUAAUAACAUUUAUAUAAUAACUUUAAUAACAGGGUGGAGAGCUUGUUUUGCAAUUUCAUGGAUUAAGGAGUUCUAUAGAGUUCCUCUUUCCUCCCUCCAUCUCUUAGCUGUAUAAGGGUUAGAUGAGGAGUUUGAAUCAGCUGUGGGACAGGCCUUACUCCAGCUCAGAAGUGUGCCUGGGGCUUUCCCAGGUUGAAAGGCAUUUCCCAUAGUCUUUUAAUGCGUGGGAAAUUAAAAACAUAUAAAAUGGUUAUUGUUAAAGAAAAAUUUUAGGUCACCUAGGAAAUCAACAAAAUGAAUCUUUCAUGUCACCCUCUUUUAAAUGCCCAGAAUUGAAUUUCUUGGUGUCUUUGGGUAGUCCUUCCUGCAGGAUUUAGUGGCCUGAUUUCCAGAGUCAAGUUCCCAUUCAGACAAAUGUGGCAUGAUAGGCAGAUCUGCCAUCACAGUUUGGAAUAUCACAACUUCGCGGUGUUAGAGUAGUACAUAAAGGAGUGACUGGAAGCAAAUUGGGUAAAUCCCCUGAAGAGUGAAGCAACCCUUCCCUCAAGGAAGCUGAGACGAGUUUUUUUAACUCCCCAUCCACAUUUGACAAACACCCGCCAGGCUGAUUUAACACCCACCGUGUGCCUAAUGGCCACGAUACAUCUGACAGUCAACUUCCCCAGAACAACCAUGGGUCUGCGUCUUGCGUUUGCACUUUGGUCCAAGCUCAUUUACUCAAGAUGACUAAAGCAGGUGCUUUUUAUUUGUUUAUAUGUUUUAAGGACAAAUAUUACUCUAGAUCAUUAGCACCUUGAAUAUGGGGACAGUUCAUUGCUUGCAUUGUCCCCAGAGCCAACACAGUGCCUGGGCCCUAGAAAGUUCUCUGUAUUUGUUAAAUGAAAUCUCAGAGCCUUUUUCCAGGAGAUACUGCCAUGAGAUAAGGCUCUAAGCCUCUACCAUUUCUACUGAUUGCAGCAGAAUUACUUACCUGUUCACUUAUUCAGAUCAAUUCCCUGAAUUGAAGUUUGAAGCCUUUAUCUUCGUCUGCAGCAAUCCCGGGAGAGCUAGUAAUGUACCUUCACAUUUCAGUUUGAGAACCUGGCUGAUUUCCAGUAGCACUUUGUCCAAAUUAAAUUGUAGAAAAUGUUCUGGAUUCGAGAGUAAAUAUGCUUGAUUAAUCAAACAAGCUGGAAAACUACCAUGUUAAUUUUGUUGUUGUUGUAAAUUGAUCAUUGUAAUUUUCACCUUGGAUGUCAUUUAUAUUUUGUAUAUACAUGGACAUUUUAAUUUCAGUAGCUUUAAACAGGUUGACAUAUUAUUAUUUCCCUAUGCAUUAGGUCAGUACUUUUUCCACUUGUAACUACAAUUCAAUAAAACUUAAUUCUGUCUGCUCA